AUGGCAGGACCGUUCGCGAAAAAAGCGACCACACCGGCUAGAGCGUCCUCUGGACAAAAGCAAUCAUCUACCAAGAAAAAUACAAGUAUCUUGAGCUUUUUUCAAAAGACAGACACGCCACCAGGUGCCAGUUCUCGCCAGCCUCGGAUCACUCAAUUUGGAACACCUGCCUCACGAUCACCGAGCAGUGGCCGAGGCACUCCAAUAAUUAAGCGGGGAGACCUGACCGCGAGCGAUGCGAGUGGGGGUCUUUUUCUCGAAGAUAAAAAGGGACUGGCAAAGAUUCAAGCAACAACGGAAGGGAGCAAAAAAACACGAUCGCCAACGCCCGAUAUCUGGGGCGACGAUGAAGAUCCCUCGAAGCAGGAUGAUAAAAGCAACAUUGAAACCGGAUCAGCGGCUAAGCGACGAAAGAUCGAUACACAGAGCACAUCACCCGUUGAGGCACAGGAAUCAAAUGCCACACCAAUCACGACCAAACCGUCCCCGCCUCCGAAGGCGCAGAACCGGAGUGGGCCUUUCAUCGACGAUUCAGACAGUGAGGAUGAUAUGAAAGCCUUCCGGGAUACUGAAGAGAUUGUGCCUGCUACUACCAAGGCCACUACCGCCGAGUCUUCAUCGCGAAAUCACACAGCGGACACAAAGCACUCCCCCGAGUCCACGCCCUCGCCAUUGGUAAGAGCCGCCACAAAUAAUGCCGAUUAUGAAGAACACGCGAAUUUUGACGAUAUAGAAGAAGACGACGAGCUUAUAGCGGAGGAGCUUCGAAACCGGCAUUGGGAGGCCGAAGAGCAAGACCAGAUCGAUUUGGAUAUAGAACUGGAUAAAGACACCAACGAUUGUUCGGGGGUAGAGGAGCCUGUCGAAGGGGAAGUGAGCACUUGUCCUAUCUGUCAAAAGGUGCUAAAUGGUCUUAACGAAACCGAGACAACUGUCCACGUCAACGAUUGUUUGGAUGGAAAGCCCAGCAUGUCCACGACAACACCAACACCAACACCAACACCAGCGUCAAAGCCAAUCCCAACAACCAGCUCGAUGCCUGUAGAUAUCAAUAAAGGGCUUACCCGUGCUGAAAGGGCUGCUAUCGCUCGACCUGCGCAAAGCGAUCCAUAUGCGCAACCGAAACCAAAUGGGAAGUCUGCAUUUUCCCAAAUGAUGGCCGGAAAUGCAGAGGAUACAGCUUGGAACACCGCAGCAGCUAACGAAGUUUCCUCGCGAGGUAAACAAGCGUACCAACGGACAUGUCCAUUCUACAAAAUCCUUCCCGGAUUUUCAAUAUGUGUUGAUGCUUUUCGUUAUGGGGCCGUGGAGGGAUGCAACGCCUAUUUCCUGAGCCAUUUCCAUAGUGAUCACUACAUUGGGCUAAGCAAGUCAUGGUGCCAUGGGCCUAUUUACUGCAGUCGGCCCACCGCCAAUCUGGUCCGUCAACAGCUUCGGGUUGAUCCCAAAUGGGUGGUCGAUCUCGAUUUUGAGUCCACAUGCGAGGUUCCAGGGACAGGGGGUGUACAAGUCACAAUGCUUCACGCAAAUCAUUGCCCUGGCAGCUCUCUAUUUCUUUUUGAGAAGAGCUCCGGGUCUGGACCCAAUGUCCGCCAGCAGCGGGUACUUCAUUGUGGUGACUUCCGUGCGUCUCCUGCUCAGGUGCAACACCCACUUCUCCGCCCCGAUGUGACAAAUCCUGUCACUGGCAAGCCGAGGCAACAGCAUAUCAACACAUGCUAUCUUGACACAACCUAUCUGAAUCCCAAAUACGGAUUUCCGUACCAGGAGGAUGUCAUCGCAGCGAGCGCAGAACUCUGUGUGCGCCUCAACCAGGAGGCUGGUAUUGGCAUUGAUACAGCAAAGAAUGGUGGGAGUGGUUUGAUGAGCAAGUUUCUUUCCACAAACACACCAGACAGUAAAGCUGCGGAUAGUGCUCCGCAGACUGGCGGUCGACUGUUGGUGGUAAUUGGCACUUACAGUAUUGGCAAAGAGCGAAUAUGUAUGGGCAUCGCGAGAGCCCUUGGAUCAAAGAUUUUUGCUACUCCACCGAAGCAGCGAAUCUGCGCAUGUUUGGAGGAUCCAGAACUCACCGCGAUGCUCACUACAAAUCCAUAUGAAGCGCAAGUACAUAUGCAAACACUCUUUGAGAUACGGGCCGACACACUUGCUGAGUAUCUUGAUGGUCUCAAACCACACUUUUCCAGGGUCGUCGGAUUCCGCCCGACGGGCUGGACGUAUCGCCCGCCCGCGGGACGGGUCUUACAGAAUCCUCCCGUGUCCACAGUUCUACAUGGCGAAAAUUGGAAAAGUCCAUUCACGAUCCAGGACCUCACCCCACAACGCGGGAGUACCAAGGAGAGCGCUUGCUACGGUGUGCCCUACAGUGAGCACAGUUCAUUCCGUGAACUGACCAUGUUUUGCUGUGCCUUGCGAAUUGGGCGGGUCAUCCCGACAGUCAAUGUUGGGUCCCAGAAGAGCCGAGACCAGAUGAAGGUUUGGAUGGAGCGGUGGGACGCGGAAAAGAAGAAGAAUGGCCUGUUUUCUGUAACCGGGGAUCGAUGGUGA